AUGUCGACGUCAUGGGUGCUCGACGGUGAUUCUCCAACAUACCUCCAGAGCAGUCCAGGAUGGGACCAGCAAGCUACAAACUCGCCCCGCCCGCCCGCGCUUCCACCUUCCUCACCACCUGUCCCGCCGUCCUCCCAUGCUCCCCGCCCCCCUCGCACCCGCGCUCCCAGACGAUGCGCCGGUCAGAGCUGUGACGCACUCUCCUUCAUGUCUGAAGCUGGUGGCGACGAUGGGGGAGACAGGCCAUGUAUGUACGUUUAG